GGAAGUGCGGACGGAACAAAAGGAUUACAGAACUUCUUGCGUGGGUGCCAAGUGACGUCACUAGACGAUGCAGCAAUGAAAAUGGUGGCUUUUGCAGGGGAUGUUCUCUUAAACAGUCUGGCACUUGAGGAGGCGGAAAAUCGCGUGCAGUUGCUGCAGAACUGGGCGUUGAGCUACGGUGUGCACACAGCUCCACUGCUGGGUAUUUGCACUCGUGUGGCAAAUGCAAUUUCUGCCUCUGAGUUUGAAGAAAUACCCAUGCGCGUGGCAGAGAUGCUGAAGAGGGAACAGGAGUUCGGUCGGUUACUCGGGGUUCCAGCGAAAACAGUCGGACCAACGCGCGCCGCUCUUCUUAAAAUGGUAACUGACUGGGCGGAAAAGAUUGGUGUGGAGCAGCAGCCGGAUGCAGGGACGUUUCUUACCGAAUUGGACUUUGCCCUUUCUGAUUUGCACUCGGGCUAUGCGUCUCUGAAAAACAAAAUUGCUGCUAUUCAGAACGAGCUAUAUCAAGCUCUGUCUGCAUUGGAGACGGGGGGAAAGCAAGCGGAGCAGAUUACUGCGCUCCUGCGGUCCGCCCAUCCGACGGAAGAAUUGACGGUUACAACAGCGACAGCGGGAGAGAUGUCACCGUCUGGUAUCCUUCAAGUGGCGCUCGCAUCGUUGCGCUUGGAAGUUGAGUGGGCUGUAGAAAAGAUUGUUAGCAACACCGAGCAGACGCGAAGGACGCUGGAAGUGCUUGAGCCCGUGUGCAGCGGCCGCAGUGUGCUGGAGGUAUGCUUGCACGCAGCGGAAGAAUUGCAGGAACGACGGUCGACGGAAGAAGUGCUUCGGGCGGAGUUGACGAAUGUGCAAGCGAAGGCGGAGUCUUACCGUGGUUGCAUUGAAGCGAGCAUGAGAUGCCUACCAGACUCGCUGAUUCACGUCAAGGCAGGCGAUGAUUUGCAGCGAAGGUGCGCUUCCGCCAGUGCGGAGCUGCGCCGUCGGAUGGAAGUUGUUUCCAGCGCUCAGCGGAUCAUUGCGUUGGGAGGGCAUGAUAAUCACAGUGGUGACCUUUGCAUGAACGUUGACGACAUGCUCCGGAAGCUGCGGCAGCUGAAAGAAAGGGAGAAGAUGCUUGAGGCGAAUUAUGAAAGUAGUCAACAACGGGCGUUGAAGCUUGAGGAAACGCUGCGGGCGACAGAAGAACGACUGGAGGAGACAAUAACGUUUCAGGUAGAAAAAGAGCGGAAUGCGAUUAUGCAGGAAAAAGAGAAGCAGAAUUUGUUGCAGGCUCAACUCUCGGAGUCCGUUCAUGAAAGGGAAAAGCUGCGUACGACACUAGCCGCCUGCGCCAGUGCCAUUGGCUGUAGUCUUGAGGGUGGAUCAGGUGGCAACGACGCCGCCAAUCACAACAAUAAAAAUGGUGAUGAUAAGGAGGUGGCGGAUUUACUGCGGGCCGUAAAGGCUCUUGCCUCCGCACACGAUGCCAGUGUGAAUGAACUGGAAGAACUGAGGGAACAACAUGCGUUAUCGCGGAAGGCACUCGCGUCCGUAAAUGACAUCCGUGCUCUCGCGCAGGAGGAGCAGUGCCGCCUUAUGGAAGAGGUAGAGCGGCUGCGCGCUGAAAUUAUUGUGGUCACGGCGUCCAACGAGGAGCAUCGAGCUGCGCUUUUGCAUCUAACGGAGCAGGCGGAGGGAGUUGUCUUGAGAAUUUCGACUGCGCACUCACCUUCCUCAUUUUUGUCGUCAUCCACCCUCACAAAGCGUGCUCCUCUUGUAGCUCAGUGCUUGUUAGAUGCAUGCAACAUUUUUGAGGAAAACCGUUGUGCUCUGGAGGAUGAAUUGUCUGCGUUGAAGAGACUUUACGAGGAACGUCAACACGAGAUGAAGGCGGUGAAUGAAGUUCUCUGUGAGGCUCUGGAACUCACAGGGGAAACUAAUCCUAGCGAUACAAUGCAACUUGGUGCAAUCGUAAAGGAAAAGUUAUCUAAGGCUCUAAAAGAGAAGAAUGCUAUUGCAGAUGUGACGGAGGCGCUACAAAGCGAGAACGCCAUGCUGAAGGCUUCAUGUACCUCCACUCAAGCCAAACUGGAGGAGACGACGACAGCGUUGGAGCAGGUGGACACGCAGAAGCGAGCAUUGCAGGAGGAAUUGCGUGCAUUCGCGGCCUUUGCUGAAAAUGUCGCGGAGACGGUGGGUGAGCCGCUGCCUAGUGGUUCCACCGAUCUGGAGCGCCUGAAGGUUGCUUGUGCUGCACACCAGGCGUCUCUGCAGCAUCACGCAGAGGAACUUACGCGGGUGCGUGAAGAACUUGAUGUCGCUAGCAGCAGCUCUGCCGUGAUGAGGGCGACAAUCGAUGAGAAUGCGGCAGAAAGAGAACGGUUAACCGAGCAGCUUCUUGGUGCAGAGCAGGAGCGUGAGGCCUUGUUGAAGGCUUCGGAGCAACUUGUAGAACGUGUGCAGAGCAUACUGGAUGAUCACGUGGAGGUGCAGCGUGAGCUGACAUUUGCCGGAGGCGAUGACGAUGUGACGGUGGUGGAUAUUGUGCAGGCGUGUGUAGAGCAGCUAGAUAAAAAUCGUAUUGGGGCGGAGACCUCAAAUGAGCAACUCGCAGCGCUUCAACGAGAAAACGCCAUGUUGAUGAAAGAAAUUCAACGUCUUCAAAAUAGUGCGGCGGUGAAAUCCGGGGAGGUUACGGAGCUUCACGAACAACUGCGUAUUCUGCUUGAAAGCCGACAGGUGGCGCAGGCCGAUCAGUCCAAGUUACAAGCGGAGCAUGACAGUCUCUCUCGUCAAGUGCAGGCGCUUUUUACCGACGCGUUGCAUAUGGCGGCAGAUGAAAUGAGGCUUCAGUUGCCAAUGUUCACUGACACCAGUGCCUCCGGUGCUUUGCAAGGGCUCCGCUCGCUUUUUGAUUACAUCGCAGAAAAGUUCCGUUCUGGUGCCCAUCUCAGUGAUGAUACGGAAGACAAGAUUGAAUCGUUAAAACAGUUAUUGCAGCUGCAAGAACGGCAAAACGCUAAGGAGAACAAGAUUCUGUACCGAACCUUUUGUGAUCACGUUGUAGUUUAUACGGGCACCAAUUACUCAAGAAGGGAGGAUGGCGAUGAGGAUAGCGGCAGCGGGAAGCCACAUCGACUUACGACUGAUUUUCUUGUUGCUGUAGGGGAAACUCUACACGGUGUUCACACUGAAUUCCGACAUGCGGGGAGGCUUUUUCAUCGCCUGAUGGGAGGCCCAGUAGAGCCAUCGAGCUCGUUGCGUGGAAUGACAUUGCCAGAAUUGGCAGCAUGGCUUGGGGAAGCUGCCAGUGAGACAGUGGAGCGAUCGGAGUUACUGCAUAACGCCAUUCGAGCCGUUUCACAAAUUGUGGAAAUAUUGCCUAUUGACCUUGCGUCCUCGCAGGAGCAAGUGACCGAGUGGGUGGAGAGCUUUUCCCUGUGGCUGGAACGAGCACAGCGUGGGGUGGAUUCUUCCGAUCGUCUACUGGAAGCACUCACAAGUGUUGUUCAUAGCCAUGGCGGUACCGUAGAGGAGACGUUAAGCACUAAUACGACCAUCACUAGCUUCAACAAUUAUAACAAUAAUAGCAGCAGCAAUCAUCAUCAUCAUCAUCAUCAUCAUCUUGACAUUGUGGACACGUCGCUACAAGAUUUGAACAACAGCCGCACGGAUAUGUCAUUCUCCCGGUACAU